GACGAUGCUGAUGUGGAAUGGAAAUUUGCAAGGGCCAAACUUUGGUUUUCCUACUUUGAGGAGGGAAGAACUCUACCUGUUCCUUUCAACCUGGUGCCAAGUCCAAAGUCCCUGUUUUAUCUCCUACUGAGACUUAAAAAAUGGAUUUCUGAGAUGUUCCAGGGCCAUAAGAAAAGUUUCCAGGAGGAUGCAGAGAUGAACAAGAGAAAUGAAGAAAAGAAAUUUGGAAUUUUGGGAAGUCACGAAGACCUUUCAAAAUUACCACUUGACAAAAAACAGCUUGGGCAUAGUAAACAGUCAAGUUUGAGGAGCUCAGAAGAUUUCCAGUUAAACAGUUUAAAUAACCCUCCCAGACAAUAUCAGAAAAUUAUGAAGAGGCUCAUUAAAAGAUACGUACUACAAGCCCAGGUAGAUAAAGAGAGUGACGAAGUGAAUGAAGGGGAACUGAAGGAAAUUAAACAGGACAUCUCAAGCCUCCGCUAUGAACUCCUUGAAGAAAAAACUCAGAAUUCAGAAGACCUAGCAGAACUUAUUAGAAAACUUGAGGAGAAAUUAUCAAUGGAACCAAAUCAAGAGAUUUGGUGCUUUCUGGAGGCUGGGGCUCCAUAA